AUGCAAAUUCAACCGCCAGCUUAUAACGAUAUCACAAAGGAAAACCUUUCUUCGCACCAAUUAAAAAUAAAACAAACUUUAAAUUGUGCAAGCUUCAUAGCAUUAGAUACAGAGUUUACUGGCUUAGGCAAUAAAGAGUCCAAUACCAAAGCAUCAAACAUCGAAGAACGGUAUAUUAAUUUAUCUAAAGUAGUAAAGUCACAUGCUUUGGUAGCAUUUGGUGUUACAGUUUUUGAGGAAAUUGUUGAAAAAGAAGAAACAACAUCACCAUUAGAGAAACAAUAUAAUGUUUAUAAUUUUAAUUUUACCUUGUUGAGUCAAGUCGAUCAUAUUAUAAGUCCACAGAGUUUGGCUUUUUUAUCUGAUACUGGAUUUGAUUUUAAUAAACAAAUUCGUAAAGGAAUCCCAUACUUCCCUGGAAAAGAUCAACAACAUGAUGCCAAUGAUUCAAAUGCAAUUUUGCGUUCUAUAUUUUCUCACAUUAUUUCUCAUAAUUUGAAUACUUUUGUAGCUGAUUUAAAUGAAAUGUUUUCUGGUGGAAUAUUUGAUACAAAAUAUAUAGCUGAUUAUAUUACAAGAGAGAAAAGUAGUUUUUUGUCAUAUUUAUUUAGAAAAUAUGAAAGAGAACAAGUGGAACGAAAAGCUUCUGGUAAUAAAGACUACUUAUUGUUACGAAUACAUGAUUGUAUUGUAUUGCCAUCUACUACUGUUGAAAUUUUGAAGUCUGAACAAUUUGAGCUUGCAAAAAUAUCUAACUUUCAAAAUAAACCAUCCAAACGAUCUCAAGGAAAUUCAUAUUGUGAACAAUAUGCGUUGCAUGGAUUUUGUUCACAAAGAAUGAGAUGUGGAAAAUCACAUGAUUUAGACUUUAUUUUGGAUGAACAAGCAAGGGAAUUUGAAAAUAAGCGAAAGCAACAUGUAUCUGUAUCUAUGCCUCCAACCUUAUUACCUUCAACAAAACCCGAUCAGUUUGACACUUAUCAUUCUGCACAUUUUGAUGCAUACAUGACUGGUUUUAUUUUUGCAAGACAAUUGUUAAAAUAUUCUGGCACAAAAGUUUUAAAUGAAUAUCGAAACAAAUUAUAUCUUAUGGGUAGGAAUCUGCCACUUUUGGUGGCAAAAAGCCAAUUUAGUAAAACCAUUGGAAAAGUUGGAAAAGUUGGCCAAUUUGGAAAUGCAUUAAGAGAUGUGUUACCAUUUUUAAUUGAAUGA